AUGAGGGGAAGAAAAUGUUUCUUUCACGUAAAUGGUAUUUUUUGCAAUCGAAACGGAGAAAACGAGUCUAAUUUCCCUUGACAAUAUAUAAAGAUUGUACUGUGGUUAUCCCCAACCGAAGCACAAACAGAACCCUCAACAUGAAGCUGUUACUGAGCUUCCUUGUUGUUUCAACACUACCUCAAUGGGCUGUGCCACAAGUCCACCCCACAAAGGAUCCGCAGACAGCUGUGGCUGAGCUAGUCAAGGUGGUACCCUGGAUCUUCUCAGGGGAGAGCGUGCAUCUGAAGUGCAGUGUUCCUGGGAAUGUGUCGGCCGAGUGGAGGUACCAGUGGUUCAUGGGGGGAGAGCAGCUCCAGGAGUCUGAGUACUUUGUCCUGUGGAAGGCCAGGCCACAGCAGAGUGGGAAGUACUACUGCCAGGGCCUGAGAACCACAUGGAUAAGCACACAACACACCCUCCACAGCCUGCCUAUAGAAAUAGAGGUGGACGGUGGGUGGGCCAUCCUGCAGACCCCGUCCCUGCCCAUGCUGGUUGGAGAGACAAUGACCCUGACGUGUCGUGUCCGUGACAACCCCAGACUGACAGAGGUCAUACUAUACAAGGACGGGGUGGAGCUUCAGAGACAGCCUAGCCCAGAGCUGCGUGUCACCAACCUUACCCUGCAACACCACGGAUCCUAUUGGUGCAGAGCAUCCUGGGAUGGGUGGAGGGAAACCAACUCUGUGAUCUCAGUGGCUACUCCGGUGUCCAUCAUAGAGGUUCUGACAGAGCCCAUGUUGGAGAUUGUGCCCAAUGACCCUCUGAUCCAUAAAGACCGUAUGCUCCUGGUGUGUCAUGCCCAACUGAACGCCCGUGAGACGGUUCCACACAAACACUACUACUUCUACCAGGACGGGCUGAGGCUGGGACCUGCCUCCUCCCAGGACAGAGUCGCAGUACUGAGGGACUCAGGCCGGUACUGGUGCAAAGUCAGUGUUCCUACUCUGGGGCUGAAGAGGCUCAGCGAGCCCGUACCUUAUGGGCGAGUGACGGGUGAACACUCAGAACACAUGAGAAACCAGAAAGAUUAGUGGUGAUGCAGUCCACCUUUAGGAUGCGUCAUAAUGCUGACCAGUGGCGUAAGUUCAGUUAAACCUAGGGUAUGGCAGGGUGGGGGGGACAGCUUCUCUCCGAGCGACGCUCCGUAUGGUCCUGAAGCUAGCCAACCAACAUGCUAAACAGCUGUUGCAUUUUAAUUGGGAUUGGGAUUGGGAUCUACUUUUUUAUAGCUUACUUUUAUAUUUUUGGUCUUGAGCUAGGGUAAGGCGACUGCCAUACCCUGCCAUACCCAACUGACUCCCCUGAUGCUGACUCUGUGUCAACAGGGACCAGUUGUCUCUCUCCUUCCAGAGCUCCAUCUCUAUCCAGCCUUCUGUGCCCCCUACCUUCCCUGAUGUAUCCGGUGAUUCUCCAAACACACUGGCCCCUAAUGUUGUUGGGCCAGAUGACGGGACAGUGGUGUGGAGGGACUUCUUUUGAGCAAUACCAGAGCAAUGUACAUUAUCACUAUCAGUUUCAGAAUUAGACCCUUUUGAACCGACUUAGUUCCAUCCCCAAUUUACCCAUUCAUAUGCCUCAAGAAUGUACUUAUGUUUUAUAACAUGCCUUAUCUAAAUUCAUUAAUAAUUACUCAUUAAUACAAUGUUAUUUGUCUUUUAAGUUGUGAAUGAAACAAUCAAUUCUAUUUGCACUGUCGAUUGUAAACUCAAUGCAAAUAUAUCCAGUCAAAGUCAAACAUUUACUUAUUUAUUUAAUUUCAAAAGUGUACAAAAGCUCAUUUUUAAAAAGCUCAUUAUACAGCGAUACAAUGUACUGAUUCAUUUAACAUAACCUGGGAAACAUUAUGUGAUUAGUAUUCCUCAAAUAAUUAACAUUAAACUACUCCAGUGCUAUCAGUCUUACGGGCAUUAUUUUUCAUUCUACCAGAUUGACAGUCUUGUAAAGAUGUCUAUAUGUUGAUGGGUAUAUAGAGGGAGUAUGAUGAGAGAUGGGGUGAGUGCUGCAACUCAGAUCAUAUAGAGUUGUUGUACAGUCACUGGUACUGUGGUGGCACAGUGGGCUCCAUUGUCAUGCGUUGUCUGAGCAGGAGCCCAGAGGGGCUGGUCUGUGGGGUACAGUAUGGGUAGUAUGAGGUGCAGUGAGUAUGGAGGAGUUCCAGUAGAGAUUGUUUAGG